AACUAGUAUACUCUCGUAUGUGUUGUAGAGAGCACCAAUCGUAGAGUUUAAGAAUUGUUGCCCUACAAUAAUACACAUACUUGGUACAAUAGAGAUUUUAAAAGAAGUAAAUCAAACACUUGCUAAAGUGUUUUAUAAGGGGAAAAUUUUUUUUAAAUAUCGAUUUCGAUCGUGGUGUUGGUUAUGUGCAGGUGGUGGUGUGGGUGGCCGGGUAAAUUGAGUUUUGCAAGCGAUUCAAAAUAUGACGGUCAAAAACAUUUGAACUGUGGGUAUAGACGAUUCUGGGAAGGCAAACAGGUAUAACUAGGAUCAAUCAUGAGAUUAAGUAUAUAUAUAACUGUAUUGAUUGUUCAAUUGAUAUCGUUCGUUCAUGGAUUAGGGUUUUCAGGAAAGUUUAAAGAUAUUCCUGAUGAAAUUGAUGAAUUAUUCAAAACUCGUAAUGCUAAAGUAUUAAAUGGGGAUAAUUAUCAAUCUAAAUUCAAUGUACAACUAUAUCCUUUGAAUACUGAUAAGUUCGAUAGUUUAUCAAGUCCUGUGUAUCGUGAUUAUAGUUUUGAAUUUAAUGGGUUGAAAGUUGGAGAAUAUGAAUUGGUGGUUUCUUCUUAUGAUUUCUUUUUUGAAAGUGAUAGAUUUAGAAUUAUAAUUGAUGAUUAUGAAGAAAUUGUGGCUAUAAAAGAUAGUUUAACUUCAUCAAGUUUAAAUAGAACUUCAGGGGUAGUGAUUUCUCCUUCUAACCCUUUAGAAAUUCAAUUCAGACAAAUCAAACAAUUUUAUGAAUAUUCAGGUGGUACUAUAUCAGAAAUGCUUCUUAGUAGUCCAUUAGGUUUCAUCUUUAAAAAUCAAACUUAUACUAUGCUUUUCAUUGUAGCCAUUGGUUUAAUGAUUGCUCCAACUGCAUUACAAUAUAUAAGUCCUGAAUUGCAUGAACAAUAUAAUCCAUCAACUCUUGCUGCUGAACAAGCAACAAAAUUACAACAAGCUGAAAAAAUUAGAAGAAUUCAACAACAGCAACAGCAACAACAACAAACUAUAAAAACUCAACCUGUCCCUAAUAAAGCUGACCCUCUGAAUAGUGAUGUUCGAAAAAGACGAUAAAUAUUUUUUGUAUUAACUAUAU